AUGCCUACCGAUAUUGCUACACGCGCCGCCGUUUUGGCCCUCAUUGCGAUAGGUAGACCGCACGCCGAGAUAUCUUCUAUAUUAGCCGUUCCGAAAAGUACGAUCCGAGAUAUUCAUUCUCGCGCGAUUCAACGCGGUUUCGACCAUAAUACGCGACCCUUGAAGAUCUGUGACGCUUAUGUGGUUAAUGCGCCGCGCUCUGGUCGCCCUAAAAAGCAGAGGGCUGAGUCACAAGAUAAUAUUUUUACGGAGCGAGCUGAGUCCGAGAGCGACAAUGCAUCUGCACUGCUGGAUUGA